CUAGUCUUAGCGGUCAAGAAGAGGUCCGAAGCAAUAUAUUUAGAAGUUCACCAUCGACACAACUACAGGUAGACAAUGCAGAUGCGGCAAGGCCCCCCCGCGCGUUAGUUAUGAGAAACAGAAUCUUGGGAGGGGUCAGGUAGAUCGACACUGUGCAACAGUCCAUCUGUGAAACAGUCCAUAAAUUAUACAGUCUGCGUUUCGGUCAGUGUCUGUCGGGAGUGAGAGGCGUGAUCUAUUGAAUCCUUGGGAAUUUGGUGGAAGAAUGUCGGCUAAUCUGAUUUCAAGUGCCCGUCUGUCGACCGAAAUCGGAAAAAAAUUUUUUUUUUUGAGAAAAAAUAUAUAGAUCCCCUACUCAGGCCCUGAUAGCCAGGUCGGGUUUUUGUGAGCGUUAAAGAAGCAUCUUCAUCUUGGAAAGCUUUCCCAUAGCUAGCAUCUUGGAAGGCUUUCCCAUAACUAAGGGAAACAAACAGCCUUAUAAGAUGAUGGGACUUUCAAACAAAUGGGAGAUCCCAUGAGGGAAAAGCAGGUUUAUUUAAGAUGACUUUCAAACAAAUGGGAGAUCACUUGGGGUGAGAGUUCUUCUAACAUUCUCCUUCGUAGCGUAUGGUCGAUUCGGUGGCAUGAUGCGCGGCAACGUCCUGAAGUCCUACGACUUGAGCAGUAGCGGAGGGUUUAUGCCGAGUUCUUUACUAGAUUCGGUCGCGGUGAAGAUCAUGUGGCUGGGUAUGGCCCUCUCGGUGAUGACGAGUUAUCCAUUGAUCUCGAACUCGGCACGAGCAGCGGUCUUCGAGAUCUUCUUUCCAUAUUUAAGGCUUGAUUCACAGUGUUGACUACGGUGAGGCAACAUAGAUAAGUAUGGAUGAGAGUAUGUGUAGUAAACUCAACCGUGAUUGAAGAUAAGUAAAAAUCCUGGAAUCCAGCUCGUCGCAAACUCUCGUAGAUUUCCCUUGUUCGUAGUAAGCCUUACCUUCGCCUUCAUGCCAGCUCGUCUUCAUCUAAUGUGUCCCGCCGAGCAAGCACCUCUGUGGCUCUACGUGCUGGUCACAGCUGUGUACGUUGGCGUUUCUGCGGUCAUAGGAGUCAUCGGUCCAGGUCUGGAUCUCCUGGGAAGCAUGAAAGGCGCAACUACCACAGUGGCGCUGUGCUUGCUUUUCCCAGGGCUCAUUUAAGGCUCCUUGUUUAACUUUAAUUGUCACUAAGUACAACUAAGACUAUUUCAUGUUGUUGAGUGUCGUGGGUGCUGAGAAGUGGCAGUGAACGAACCCUCUCUCAGAUUUCUUGAGGAGGAAAAAAAAAUAAGGAGGAGACGGUAUCUUACUCAACGAGUGAUAGAGAAAAACUACUGCUAACCCAUGCUGGUCUGGAAGGUGAGCCGCGACGUCGCUGUGGAGCAAGGAAACGAUGAAGAGACAGGCCCUUUGUUGCAGGAAGAUAGAGAUUCACAACAGGGAGACCGUGCGUCGCGUCGGCAGAGUGCAGUAAUUCGAGAAGAAAAGAAUGCCACACCCUAUAGCACCGCGAAGCGAGCAGUAAGGCGUCCGCUAAUCCAUCUUUGGAAACAUCUUGCAAACGUUUUUAAGGGGAAAUACGUCCCGAGAUGGUCUUCAAGAUGGAUUGGGGUGAACUCUAAGAGCAAAGCUAACGCGCGGACUUGGUUGGACCCUGUUCGGGAUUGCAGCGGUCAUGUCGCUAGCUGGCAUCGUAAUCAUCGCCUUGAAGCAGGCAGGAAUGAUUGGCCGAGAAGAGCCAUUCGAGCUGAAGCUUGCAGGGAGCUUGUCUGAUUCGGAGUUUACACUUAAGGCUACCGCAGCUUCGUCCUUCACAGCAUCCAUGCCCUCUUUUUCAACUAGAAGAAGAGACCACCGGGGAUGCUUCCAAGGAUGCCAAUGCGGUUGCUCUAAUACAGUGGUCGCUCCUACGCCUUCCGGAAACACAGCACGGAAGACCGCACAGUCAGAGAGGUACGAGCAUCUCGACUACCUUGUGAAACUGUUUCGCCGCACUACGAAGCAUGGUUCGAACGGUGCGUCUGAGUUUCCGAGCUUGAAAACGAGUGGAGUAUGGGGAAAAACAUGUAUUUGGCAGCAGGCCCCGGCCGGUAGCGUCGCAGCACGAAAUCUGCAAAUUCUCCGUAAGGCCAUCACACAGUCUGGGGGUGCCGCUGAUCUCUUCGACAAGGCAUGCCAAACCUUCGACGCAUGGGAGCGCGGCGCAUAACUUAAGUUACAAAACGAAAACACCUAGUAAGUUAUACGCUACACCGAUAAAAAUCGGGAAAUAAACAACUUAGGAGAAGUAAGCUAAAUGUCUACGAGUAUGAGUACUAUGACAAGAACAUAAUACACAUAAAAACUGCUCUAAACUACGGCUGGUGGCUGGGGACAUCACCGCAUUCCAAGUUGGAUAAGAAGAGCGAGAAUGAAGUUUGCAAUCAUUUGAUUUGAAAGGACCUGUCAGAUACAGCAUGCAAGCACAAGCUAGAGCAUCACAUUUUCAUAUCAUACAUAACACUCCACAUCCGCGUAUCCACAUAGAUAUUUCAUAGAUACAUGCAAUACAUCCGAGAUAUUUCAUCUAUAAUAUUCGAUAUUUUGUAAGCAGUUGUAUGUUGUAAGCAGUUGGUUGCCAUAGUAAGACUACUUAGUCGGUCCUCAUAGCAUAGCCAUGAUAUCUCCUUUUCGUAAUAUCUCUAUCCACCGGUUUAUUCACAGAGCAUUCUCUUCACCCUCCUCCACAAAUUCCCACUACGCUUAUUCUCACCCAGUAAGAAAUCCCAACCCAUUUAUACUGAUUGAAGGGCAGAAGAGAUACUAAAAAUGCAUUGAUGUUAUCGUUAUCGACCGCCUCAAUAGAAGAGCUCUAGAAUGCGUGUAAAAAUCGAUGUCACUGCUUAUUACACUAGUGAAACAAUGAAAGACAUGUUUGAAUUUUCUUGUUUUGAAUUUUUGCAUUGAUUGAAUUCCGUAGUAGAGUUUGUAGAAAUGUUUAUGCCAGUUGUGUCGUAAAUGUUAAGAUCCUAGAAAUCCUCGGUCAAUGUAGUCGGUCAUCCUCAACAUUCUGUGAGCAAGACUGUUGUGGUGCAUCGGUUUCCAUCAUGAUCUGAGGUUGCGGACUUGUUACCGUAGACCUAGAGUCCACCUAACGUUCUUUCUCUCUGUCCUUGUAGAGAGCUCUCUUACGCCUACACCUACACCUACACCUACACCUACACCUACGCCUACACCCACGUGAAGGCGCUCACCUACCUUCUUUCACCUACACGAAGUUGUUCAUUUUCAGUCAUGAUGAUCCAUCAUCAGUACCGAGU